AAGCCAGUGAACCUUGGACCUACCUCUUCGAAUUGGGAAUACCCGUCUCCACCAAUGAAACACAAUCAAGAUCUAUUUACAGAAAACGAACCAUCAAAGACCUUCAAAUACACCUGAGAAUUGAAAACAAAGAGAGAGAGAUACCUCGCCGGCGACCACUGCUACCAUAAGAGGUAGAAAUCUCGCCGGCGAAGAUGAAGCCCCUCGACGGUUUUUAAAUUUGAGAGGAUGGAUCGGGUUGGGUUUUUACAGAUCCAGACCCAACUUGCCCUCAACUUUCUCUCACCUAAUCUUAGUCGUCCACGUCAGUAAAGACAGACACUUGGCGCCAAAUUAGGGGGAAUUGCAAACUGCACCAUAUGGGAAUUGGAGAAGAUCUAGAUCCUGAAUUUAGCGCUAUCUUCGCCUUUUAAAUGUUUCGAAAGUUCGUUAAAACGUGGUUGCAGAAGAAUCCUCACCACAACAGCAUCCUUCUCCUCUUGGAGAAAUGCCAAAAUUUGAAUCAAUUCAAGGAAAUCCAUGGGUACCUGCUCAAAUCUCGUUUCCUUGAAGACCCACUUUCUGUCUGUCCCCUCCUCUCUGCUGCUGCCGUCUCUGGUGAUGUCUCUGUAUUCUCUCACGCUCACUCCAUCUUCAGUCACUUCGUCUAUCGCAACACCUUCAUGUACAACACCAUGAUUAGAGGCUACACUGAAACACAUUCACCUAUUACCGCCAUUUUCAGUUAUCUUGAAAUGUUAAGCAAUGGUCUUACUGCCAAUAACUACACUUUUCCGCCAUUAAUCAAAGCUUGCACCAUCUUCCCCUGCGCUUCUAAGAAGCUAAUAACUGGUUGCUUCAUCCAUGCUCAUGUUGUUAAAUUUGGAUUGUCUGACGACCCUUUCAUCCUUAGUGCUCUUAUUGAAUUCUACUCAUCAGUUCCUGAUAUGGAAACUGCACGAAGAUUGUUUGAUGGGAUUCCUAGAAGGGAUGUGGUCUUGUGGACGGCGAUGAUUGAUGGGUAUGGAAAGCGUGGCGACUUUAAGAGUGCAAGGGCAUUGUUUGAGGAAAUGCCUGAGAGGAAUGCAAUCUCAUGGAGUGCAAUGAUGGCUGCGUACUCUCGGGUCAGUGACUUCAAGGAGGUAUUGCAUCUAUUUAGACAGAUGCAAGAAGCCAACACAAAGCCGAAUGAAUCGGUCCUUGUGAGUGUCCUCACUGCUUGUGCACACAUAGGAGCACUUGCGCAAGGACUAUGGGUCCACUCUUAUGUGAAGCGAUACCAUCUUGAUUCGAAUCCGAUCUUGGCUACUGCAUUGGUUGACAUGUACUCAAAAUGUGGAUGCAUCGAACCAGCAUUGUCAGUUUUUGAGGGGAUUCUGAACAAGGAUGCCAAAGCAUGGAAUGCAAUUAUUUCAGGGGUUGCAAUGAAUGGGGAUGCAAAGAAAUCUUUUGAGCUAUUUGAAAGGAUGAAUGCGUACGGAACACAACCUACUGAAGUCACAUUCGUUGCCAUCCUCACGGCAAGCACACAUGCAGGAUUGGUUGACAAGGGCCUUAUAUUGUUUGAACAAAUGAGUGCUGUCUAUGGAGUUGAACCUCAGCUUGAGCAUUAUGCAUGUGUCGUAGAUCUACUGGGUCGAGCAGGAAGGUUAGAAGAAGCCGAGAUGUUUAUAGAGGAGAAGAUUGGAGGAUUGGAGGGUGGGGAUGCUAAUGUGUGGGGAGCUCUGCUGGGUGCUUGUAAGAUUUAUGGAAAUGUUGAGGUUGGGAACAGAGUUUGGAAAAAGCUGGCUAAUUUGAGAGCUGAUUGUGGAUCAUAUGUCCUCUUAUAUAAUAUCUUCAGAGAGGCCGGUUGGGAAACAGAGGCAAAGAGAGUCAGAAGGUCAAUCAUGGUGGAGGGUUUGAAUAAGAAGCCUGGUUGUAGUUUAGUAGAAGUGGAUGGUGUGGUUUAUGAAUUCCUUGCAGGUGAUCUUUCUCAUCCACAAGCAAUAGAGAUAUCUGAGGUGCUUGAUUCUUUGUCUAGGAUGGCUAAUUUGGAGUUAUAAAAAUUUUAAUUUCUCACAUUGCUCAGGAAAAAAAAAAAAUCCUUGUUAACUUAUAUCAGUCAUUGAUUACUGUUGUAGACAUGCUUCAUGUCUGAAAGUUAUUCUAUAUUCUUUGUACAACUAAUACAUGGCAUCUAAAUCUGAUACCAGUACAGAGAAUUGUGACUUCUUUCUGGAUAAUAAGAUACAUUCUCCUGAUUUGCACUUUGAA